UGGACUGCAGGCUAAGAUGUUCCUCUUUGUAAAGUGUAAUAUCUGACAUGGCCACUGUAUAAUGCUUUUUCUCACAUAUAUUAUUGAUAAUUCAUUUUGUGGAUUAUUUCUUUCAGGUUGAUCCACAAAGGGCUGAGGACAUGGACUUUUCGCACCCUAAACAUGGAGUCCAGAUCAAGAAGGCGCGCCGGAAGCCGCAGUGUGAUGUGCCACCACUCAGUGAAGAAGAGGUCGCUUCUGCUUUCUCACAACUGAGGAAGCUGUGUCCCACUGCCAGUGCUGUCAUUAAAGAGGAGGAGGACACAGACACAGCAUCAGAAGAUGAGUCAGAUGUCAACACAGAGACGCUUCCCCCUGUGGUAUACAGGUCUUGUCAUCCAGCCAAAGUCCCUGUUACUAGUGUUAGUGUAGACAGCAUCCUUGAGGAUGUUCGGUGCAACCCCGAGCAAAUCACAAACCUCAACAAAGCUACAGUGGGGCAGUCCAAGUCUGCUUUAUGGCGUCAGCAACGCAAGGGUCGUGUGACUUCUACAUCCAUGCAUGAUGUCCUUCAUGCAUCAAACCCCACCACUGCAGUACGGAAGGUCAUGCAAUAUGACUGCAAGGAUUUGAGCCAAGUUCCAGCUAUACAAUGGGGGAUGAAACAGGAGGAGAAGGCAAGGCAACAGUACCUGGAAGCUACCUUGUGCAUCUGCAAGGAUGUGAAAUUGGAGGAAGUGGGGCUCAUUCUCUACAAGGAUUUUCCCUUCAUAGGUAUAGCUAAUUUUGGCUCUUACUUCAAACUUAUGAAGUAUAGUACAUGUAAUUGAGUACCAACUACACAAUGUCUAAUUGACUUAUGAUUUUGUUGAUGUAACAAUGAAAUACAUGUACUUGUUUUAACAAUUGCACUGUAUUCGUACCAAGUGAAUAUGUGCCAUUUGCAGCAUUUGGCAAGUAUCAAAAGUAAGUACAUUAUGUUCAUGUUUGAAAUAUCAGAAACUUUGCCACUAAUUUGAACAUUACUGUUGUAUAUAUAGGUGCAUCUCCUGAUGGGAUGAGACAGUGUUCAUGCCAUGGAAGAACUGUGAGCUGUUCUCUCAGAGUCUCUACACUUUCAGGAAGGGGGUCUCUCAGAGUCUCUACACUUUCAGGAGGAGGGUCAGCGAUCAUUUCUUCAUCUGAAAUAAAGCAAAUCCGAAGUUCAAUGAAAGUGCUAUGUGAUUAUGAGUGUCAUAUAUCUGAACUGAACUGAAUGUUCUAAACUCUGAUUCAUAUGUAUGUAUUGUUGUUUCAAUAUUUUACUCAUGCAGGUUGCAUGCUUCUCUACUUGAUUCACAUCUAUAUCCCCACUCCGAAAACCAAGCGGAUAAACUUUGUAGCAAGUAGUCUUGUGUGUAUGGUAUGUGAUUCAUGUUGAAUAAGUGACAAGUGAUAGAUUUACUUGUUGAGCAAGAAUGAUAGAUUAAACUGUUGAUCAAGAAUUUA